AGCAUUUUAGAAAUGAGUGCAUCUGAAGUAGAUUCAUACCCACAUCGUGAAAACCAACAAUCUCUCGGGGAAACAAACAAAACAACGAAGCAGUGUUUUGACAUUUAUUGAAGCUUUUGUUGAGCAAGGAAGUCACAUGUAUCAUGAGGAGAAUAAAAGAAAUGGGGAAAAAAAUAUUAUUGAAAGCAUAUUGGUUUCAAUGAUCGACGCGGCAGUUUGUCAAUUCAACGAUUUGCUUCGAAUGCUGUGCUACACAGAGUAGAGACACCCAGAAUAAGCUAGAAAACUCUAUUGAAAUUCUUUAGAAAAUAAUGGAAGUCAAAGCCAGAGCUCCCGGAAAAAUCAUACUCGCCGGUGAACAUGCCGUUGUCCAUGGAUCCACCGCCGUUGCCGCUUCUGUUGAUCUCUACACUACAGCUUCAGUUAGAUUGCCAAGUUCUUCAGACGAGAAUGAUAUUGUGAAACUCCAACUGAAGGACCUGGAACUUGAGUUUUCAUGGCCAGUUAGUAGAGUCAGGGAAGCUUUGGGUGUAUUUGUUGGUGCCAUCUCGUCACCCACAACAUGCCCUGCAGAGUGCUUGAAAUCAAUUGCAUCUCUGGUCGAGGAUCAAAACAUUCCGGAGGCGAAAAUUGGACUUGCUUCUGGAGUGGCAGCAUUUCUUUGGCUCUGUUCUUCCAUUCUAGGAUUUGUGCCUGUUGAGGUGGCCAUCACUUCUGAGCUUCCUCUUGGAUCUGGCUUGGGAUCAUCAGCCGCGUUUUGCGUUGCCCUAUCAGCUGCUCUGCUUGCUUUAUCAGGUUCUGUGAACGUGGAUCGGGAGCAUCAUGGAUGGAUGAUAUAUAAAGAAGAUGAACUAGAUUUGUUGAACAAGUGGGCCUUUGAGGGUGAAAAGAUAAUCCAUGGAAAACCCUCUGGAAUAGACAACACAGUGAGCACAUAUGGGGGCAUGAUCAAGUUCAGGUCAGGAAAUUUGACUCUCAUUAAAUCCAAUAUGGCAUUGAAAAUGCUUAUUACAAACACAAAAGUUGGAAGAAACACAAAGGCUUUAGUUGCUGGUGUUUCAGAAAGGGCCAUUAGACAUCCUGAUGCAAUGAAAUCAGUGUUCAAUGCUGUCAAUUCUAUCAGCAAUGAGUUAUCAAUCCUUAUUCAGUCACCAAUUCACGACGAGGUGUCCCUAACUGAGAAUGAAGAGAAGUUGGCAGAAUUGAUGGAAAUGAAUCAAGGUUUACUUCAAUGUAUGGGUGUAAGCCAUGCAUCUAUCGAAACCGUUCUCCGGACUAGCUUGAAAUACAAGCUAAUUUCCAAAUUGACAGGAGCUGGAGGUGGAGGCUGUGUUCUUACACUGUUGCCUAACUUACUUUCAGGGAAAGUUGUCGAUGAAGUAAUCGCAGAGCUUGAGUCAUGUGGAUUUGAAUGCUUCAUUGCUGGGAUUGGAGGAAAAGGAGUAGAGAUCUCGUUCAGUGAUUUGUCUUGAAUUUUCAAGGUGUUCUUUGAAUGAAACGAACUCUUUUUCUGUUGUCCCUUCCUUUCAUGAAGUAUAAUACUCGCACUAUCACUUGAAAUUUUCUUGAUAUAAUGCUUCACACCGGUCCCUAAUAAGAGUUAUAAAAAAAAUUCUCUUUCA